AUGACAGCCGAGCCGUCGUCGCCCAGGAGGCGGCACAUUCUGUCCUCGUACAAUCCUGAGGAUCGACGUCCGACCCCGAGACACGACGACCAAGAUGCCAUCCUCACAGAGCCUCCCCCGCCGAAGGAGCGCUCCCCGUUAGAAGCCGAUGCUGCUACCGCGCAGUCCGAGUCUACAGAGCGCAGAUCCUCCAAGUUCCGCUUCAAGUCAAAGCGUCGCUCGCAUCGCACGUCGCGGCACCGUGAACGAGAUUACAACGACGGCCAUCAUGAAGAUGGUGACCGCGACGACGGCGAAGGCGAAGACCAAGACAGGAGCGAGGAUCGCCAUCGCCGCCAUAGAAGACACAGGCAUCACCAUCGGCACAGGAGGCGCCGCUCCCGAACGCGCUCUCCCACGCCUCCCAAUCCCCACGAGCCACCGCCCCUGAGUCCCGAGACGGCCUUCCGCGAGUCGCUCUUCGACGCCAUGGCCGACGACGAAGGCGCCGCGUACUGGGAGGGCGUGUACGGGCAGCCGAUACACGUGUACAGCAACGCCAAGGCGAACCCGCAGGGCGGUGCGCUCGAGCAGAUGGACGACGACGAGUACGCGGCCUACGUGCGCCAGAAGAUGUGGGAGAAGACGCACCAAGGCCUGCUGGAGGAGCGCGCGAGGAGGGAGGAGAAGCGCAAGGCACAGGACGAAAAGGCGCGGGAGGCCAGGAGGCUGACCAAGGAGAUGGAGGAAAGCCUGCGCAGGGGCGAGGAGAGGCGGCGGCGCCGGGGUUGGAAGUCCAAGUGGGAAGCCUAUGCGCAGGCCUGGUCCGGAUGGGACGGUGAGGUCGAUAACAUGAGCUGGCCCGUUCACAGUGAGCGGCGUGAGGACAUCACAAGCGAGAACGUUCGGGAUUUCUUCGUCAACGGGCUCGAUCCGUUGGAAAUUGGCGAGAAGGAGUUCGUGGCCAAGCUCAAGGAGGAACGAGUCCGGUGGCACCCGGACAAGAUCCAGCAGAGGCUGGGAAGCAACUUUGAUGAGUCUGUCCGCCGUGAUGUUACGGCCGUGUUCCAGAUUAUCGACAAGCUGUGGUCAGAUACCCGUUCCAAGAAGUAA